CCCCAAGACAGCACAACACAUUGCGGGUUCAGACCAAGCAAGUAUGUCACCAGGUGAUCCGCCUACGCACCUGGCCCCGACCGGGUUUGCGGCCACUAUUCUUGUUGUUACCUGUGUUCUCGCUGGUCUCUCCUUUCUCACGGUUUCCCUGCGUACUGUGGUGCGGUUCGCAGACAAAUUAUUCGGCCCGGACGAUGGCCUGAUGCUUGUCGGUUUGGUCAUCUCCUACAUCAGUUAUCUCGUCUCCAUCUCAAGCAUCGUAACGGAUUUUGCAUGCGCGAUUGUUCCUAUAUUCAUUCUCUGGAGGACCCAGAUACGAGCCCGGGCCAAGUUCGCGGUCGUGGUUGUGUUGGCACUCGGUACCUUUGCUUCUGUUACUACCAUUGCGAGAAUACCGUUUUUGAAAGCCUACAGAGAGCCAGAAGACAACUUCCUGUACAAGAUAGGAUAUGUCAUUAUACUGUCACUGUCCGAGUGCGGCAUCGGCCUCAUCGCCGGAUCCCUGCCCAUGGUCCGCCGUCUCGUCCGCAAGUGGCGCGGCCAAGACGACGAGUCGAACGAUACCUCGCGGCUCACGCCCCUUUCAUUCAUGACGUUUGGCGGCAGCGGACGCAGCCACCGUAAUACCAUUGCCAGUCUCGGUCCCCGCGGACGAAACGGAAACCCAGCCAGAGGAAUCUCCCAGACCACCGUCCGCGCUGCUCAACCAAGUGAGCAGUGGGAAAAACUGGAGAGCGGAUCGGGCUCUGCCCGCCUCCCCACACCCAUCAAGGACCAGGACAAUGGCGAGAGCCCUUCCUCCAUUCACGAACGGCGCUCAGUCACCAUUGAGUAUGAGAUCCGAAGCCUGCCUGGACUAUCCGAAACACGAAGCCUGCCGCGGUUCUCUAGGUCGAGCUGGGCAGACUCCCUCAACAGGUCUCGCAGCAACAGUGCU